AUGCCCAAGUAUCUCUUCCAAGCCAACUACACCGCCCAGGGUCUCCAGGGCUUGUUGAAGGAAGGUGGCACUUCACGCCGGAGUGUUUUUGAAGAAAUGGCCAAGGAGCAGGGCGGAUCUCUGGAGUCUUGCUACUACGCAUUCGGCGGAACAGAUCUGUUUUUGACCUUUGAUCUCCCGGAUACGGCGACCGCGGCAGCCGUUUCGCUGUCCAUCGGCGCCGGGGGUGCACUCAACAUCAACACAGUCCAGCUGAUUACCCCCGAGGAAAUAGACGAAGCGUGCGGCAAGACAGUGACCUACCGCCUGCCUCAGGCCACCCUCUUCCGGCAGGCUCACGGCCGGUUCGAGGAGAACAAUGCCCAGGUCUUGGGCAUCAGUUGCGACACCGUGCACGCGCACAAGGCGUGGAGCACAGCAAUUGGCGGUCUGCCCUAUCCCGAGCUUUCCGACUUCCACCCCAAGGGGGACGCCACCAAGGCCUACGACCUGUGGAACGAGGAGCGCGGCGCCGGGAACAGGGCCAUCAUCAUCGUGGAUAAAGAUGGAGUCAUCCGGUUCCGCGAGACCUAUGUUCCCGGUGUGCUGCCCGAGCCAACGGACAUUCAUCGGCGGGACGAACUAGGGCGAGAGCUGAAUGGGCGAUGA